AUGGAUAACUAUUCCAACUUCAAUAUAAAGAACCUCUCAUCUGCAGCUAAUAUGUCUAUUUCUUUGCCUGGACAAGUUGAACUCAAUACCACCAGUGGUACUCCUUCUAUGUCAAUAAGCAGACUUUUCCCAGCACUGUUAGAAUGCUUUGGAAUAAUUCUUUGUGGCUACAUAGCUGGAAGAGCCAACAUUAUCACAACAACUCAGGCCAAAGGACUUGGAAAUUUUGUGUCCCGUUUUGCACUCCCAGCUCUACUGUUCAAAAACAUGGUGGUACUUAACUUUUCUAAUGUGAAUUGGUCCUUCCUGUACAGUAUUUUGGUUGCCAAAGCUGCUGUGUUUUUCUUAGUCUGCAUUUUAACAUUGUUGGUAGCCAGUCCUGAGAAUAGAUUUAGCAAAGCAGGUUUGUUCCCUAUUUUUGCUACACAAAGCAAUGACUUUGCACUGGGAUAUCCAAUAGUUGAAGCUUUGUAUCAAACCACUUACCCAGAAUAUCUCCAGUACAUUUACCUAGUGGCUCCAAUAUCUCUUAUGAUGCUAAACCCUCUUGGGUUUAUCUUCUGUGAAAUCCAGAAGUGGAGGGAUAAUCGCACUGUGUCACACAGCAAAAUCAAAAUAGUGGGCCUAGCACUCCUCCGAGUUUUGCAGAACCCAAUUGUAUUCAUGGUCUUCAUAGGAAUUGCCUCAAACUUUAUUCUUGGCCAGAAAAUUCCCGAAUACCUUGAAAACUUCCUUGAUGGACUGGGCAGUUCAUUUUCUGGCUCUGCACUUUUUUACCUUGGACUAACUAUGGUGGGACAAACAAAAAAGCUGACAAAGGGUAUGUUUGUUGCACUGAUCCUUCUCAUCACAGCUAAACUACUUAUGAUGCCAUUUCUCUGUAGAGAAAUGGUGGAACUCUUGGACAAGAGUGACAGCAUAGUCAACCACACCAGUUUAUCAAACUAUGCAUUUCUCUAUGGAGUUUUUCCAUCAGCGCCUGGUGUCGCAAUAUUUGCAAGUCAAUUUAAUAUGGAAGUAGGAAUUAUUACCUCAGGCAUGGUGAUAAGCACUUUUGUGUCUGCACCUAUUAUGUACGUUUCUGCGUGGCUGUUGACCAUUCCGUCUAUGGACCCCAACCCACUGGCAUCUGCACUCCAAAAUGUUAGCUUUGACAUAAGUAUUGUCAGCCUUAUUUCUCUGAUCUGGUCUCUUAUUGUUGUUCUUCUGAGUAAGAAAUAUAAACAGCUUCCUCAUAUGAUUACAACAAACCUACUUGUUGCUCAGUUUAUUGCUUGCAUUGGAAUGGUGGCAUGGAAUUUCAUUGUUAAAGAGAAAGACAUCACCAUGCAGAUCCUAGUAUUUAUAUUCCUCUACAGCUCACUUUAUAGCACCUACCUGUGGACAGGUUUUCUAUCUUUCUCUUUGUUUCUGUUGAGGAAGAAAGAAACAGUAAAGAUUCCCAUUGGAUUUAUUAUCAUAGCUGGAUGGGGCGUCCCAACACUUCUGGUGGGAAUCUUACUAAUUGUUGGUGAACACAACAACACUAGUAUUGACUCUGCCUUUUUCUAUGGAAAAUAUCAGAUAAUUACCACGGCAGUGAUCCUGUUCAUCAGUAUAUUGAUGUCAGGUAUCUCACUUAUGUGCAUGAACAGAAAUAGGCAAGAGUCAAGCUAUGAGGUAUUGAACCCAUACUCACCGCGUAGCCAAGUGGAGGAAGUUGAAGUGGAAGGGAGUGAGGGUAACCAAAUUUCAACCACUGUGCCUCAGCCUUCUGCAGGAUCUUCUGCACAGCCUUCUCAAGGAUCUUCUGCACAACCAUCUGCAGAAAGAGGUUGCUGUUCUUGUCAAACAACAAAUGGUGAAUUAUCCUGUCCUAGAGAGAGCAAAGCAGUGUCAAAUGCUGUUGAAAACAAGGUUCCUCCAAUUGAGACAGCUGAUCAGUGUGUGAGUCAUUGCAGUGCUCAAACCUGCGUAUUGGCUCAGGAAGAACAGCUUCUACAGACCGGAGACAAACAGCUGGCCAGACAUGUGCUGCUCUGCUUACUUCUUAUUGUUGGCCUGUUUGCUAAUCUUUCCAGUUGUUUGUGGUGGCUGUUCAACCAAGAGCCUGGAAGGCUAUAUGUGGAAUUGCAGUUCUUCUGUGCUGUGUUUAAUUUUGGUCAGGGCUUCAUUUCCUUUGGUAUUUUUGGCUUAGAUAAGCAUCUAAUCAUUCUACCAUUCAAGCGAAGACUUGAAUUUCUCUGGGGAGGAAGAGAAGCAGCGGGGCAUACAGAUUCCUCUCUACCUGAGGAAAUCAGGAUGACCUGUCAACAGUUUGUUCGUUAUCAUAGAGAUCACUGUGUCAAAAGCAUUGUCAGAGGCAGAAGGUGUGGUGCAAAGAUCUCCACUGGCAUCUUCUUUGGCUGUGACCUGGUGAACUGGCUCAUGCAAGUUGGCCUUGCCUCUGACCGUGGUGAAGCUGUGAUGUAUGGAGACAGACUGAUGAAAGGAGGCGUCGUCCAGCAUAUCACAAAUGAAUUUGAAUUUCGGGAUGAAUAUUUGUAUUAUCGCUUUAUUCCUAAGAGAUCAGUUGCAGUUGAGAGCCACUGA